AUGGAGUGGGGAAGAACGAAAGCCUCCGCCCAGUCAGUGACUGAUGGACACAUCAGCUCAACUCGCUACUCAAACCGAUUAGGGAUGUGUUCCAUGUUCCUGCCCGAGUUAUCGGCCUUGGUCGCAGCCCUCCUCUUCGCCCUUCAUCCCGUUCACACCGAAGCUGUGACAGGAGUAGUAGGCAGAGCGGAGCUCCUGUCCUCCAUCUGCUUCCUGUCAGCGUUCGAGGCCUACAGUCGAUCUGCCCGACCCAAGUCCUCUACAAAUUGGGGUCCGCUGAUGGUGACGGUGAUGCUUGUGACGGGGGCGAUGUUGUGCAAAGAGCAAGGGAUCACAAUCGUCGGAAUGCAUUUGCGGGAUGUGGUGGAGUUGGGCCCACGAUUCCUGGAGGGGAAAGGGGAGAAGGGGGGACUUUACGCUCCGUUUCUUCGGAUCUCCACCCUCAUCGCCACGUCAGUGUGCCUUCUGCUCGCCCGGGUCCUCGUCAUGGGGGCUCAACUCCCCGUCUUCACCAGAUUCGAUAACCCUGCAGCCGGGAGCGAGACGCCGGUGCGUCAGCUGACGUAUAACUACCUGUUGAGCGUGAACGCAAAGCUGCUAUUGGCGCCGGCAGACCUGUGCUGUGAUUGGACGAUGGGGACCGUCCCCUUGGUCGAGUCCCUCGCGGACCCCAGGAACCUGGAGACGUUGACCUUCUAUCUCACCCUGGGGGCCUUGGUCAGAGUCGCCUUAACCUCUCCCUCCACUGCCCACCGAGAGGUGGUAUGCAUGGCAUUGGCUCUCAUGGCCUUCCCCUUCCUCCCAGCAUCAAAUCUAUUCUUCCCUGUCGGCUUCGUCGUGGCCGAGAGGGUACUUUACAUGCCCUCCAUGGGCUUCUGUCUGCUCGUUGCUUUCGGAUGGCAGCUCCUCUCUACCAGAAGGGGAUGGAGGAAGGGGAUGUGGUUGGGACUCGGGUUUCUGCUCGUAGUCCAUGCCGGGAAGACGUGGGUUCGGUCGAUGGAUUGGGAGACGGAGUCCUCCAUCUUCCUCUCCGGACUCAAAGUCAAUCACAGGAAUGCCAAGCUCUACAACAAUGUCGGGCAUGCCUUCGAAACCCAGGGUCACUUCCAGGACGCCCUCAAAUUCUUCCAACAGGCUGUCAGAGUCCAACCAGAUGACAUCGGGGCGCACAUCAACGUAGGUAGGACCUACAACAACCUGAAGAUGUUUGACGAAUCUGAGGCUGCCUACCUCAGGGCGAAGAGUCUGCUGCCGAAGGCCCGGCCAGGCGAGAGCUAUCAGGCAAGGAUUGCCCCCAACCACCUCUCCGUGUUCCUCAACUUGGCGAAUCUGAUCGCGAGGAACAGUUCUCGACUAGCAGAGGCGGAUCGACUGUAUCGCCAGGCCAUCGCUAUGAGGGCUGACUACACCCAGGCGUAUAUCAACCGAGGGGACAUCCUCAUCAAAAUGAAUCGAAAUCAUGACUUCCUUCUUGCCCUCAGGACCCGAGAAGCCCAAGAAGUCUACGAGAGAGCCCUCUUCUACGACAGCAAGAACCCUGACAUUUACUAUAAUUUGGGCGUGGUGUUCCUGGAGCAAGGGAAAGCCCUGCAGGCCCUGGCCUACCUGGACAAGGCGCUGGAGUUCGAGCCGGAACACGGGCAGGCUCUGCUCAACUCCGCCGUCCUCAUCCAGGAAUACGGACUCACGGAUCUGCGACCGCUGGCCAUCCAGCGGCUCAACACUCUUCUCUACCGGGAACCCCAUAACGAAAGGGUCCACUUCAACCUGGGGAUGUUCGCCAUGGACGAACGGGACUUCGCAGCGGCAGAGGCGCACUUUAAGCUGGCCGUGGGGCAGAAGGAAGACUUUCGGAGUGCUCUGUUCAACUUAGCACUCCUGUUGGCGGAAGCAAAACGACCUCUCGAGGCCGUGCCCUUCCUCAACCAGCUCCUUAAGUUCCACCCAGAUCAUGUCAAGGGUCUCAUCCUCCUCGGUGACAUAUACAUCAACAACAUGAAGGACCUGGAUGCCGCCGAAAAGUGUUACGAGCGGAUCCUGAGUGUGGAGCCGGAGAAUGUGCAGGCACAGCACAAUCUGUGCGUGGUGUACGUGGAGCGUGGAGAGCUGGGGAAGGCGGAGACCUGCUUCGCCACCGCCCACCGCCUUGCCCCCCACGAAGACUACAUCCACCGACACUGGGGCAUCGUCCGCACCCGCAUCCAGCAGCAACAACAGCAACAGCAACACCAACACCAGCAGCAACAGCAACCUCAACAUAGACCACCGGAACCGUCUUGCGAAGGAGACGGUGCCUCCUGCCCGCCCGCCCUGUAAUGGCCGGGGAACAUUGGCAUUGGCCCCCUGGGACUCACUCAGAGAUACCAGGGAAUAAGAGCUUUAUCUGACCUCGUCCUAAGCCAUUCUCUUUGAUUGUCAUUCCUUGGAUGGAUCCCACGAGGGUUUCUCCCCCCUCUCAAGACUUGCAAUCCUCCUUCCGGUUCCUUUCUUGCUUUCUGACCUUCAUUCCGGCCGAUUCCGGUCCGUCUUCCUCUGACUCCAGCGCAACGUCGAGACCGUUUUCGGGAUGAAAGGGAUCCCCUGUGCCAAUUCCGACUUGCCAGUCGUCCUCUGUUGUUUCUCACAAUACCCCUCGUACCUUUGAGAGAAUACGUGCGGUUGUGCCUUCCAUCGUGACUCUCGCUCUUGCACUCUUUCCCCAGACGGGUCGGUUUCUUGCUGUUUUUCUCCAACGCCUACUUUCAGUUGUUGUUCCUUGAUUAGUAUGCGUUUAUUUAUCAUUAUGGGACGCGGAAAAAGAAACUGGAAGGCCCGUCUGGGGAAGAAUGCAGAUUGGCUUCAUCUCUUUCUCCUCUGCAUCUCGUUGAGGUUGUGAAAGCAAAAAAGAGUGUGACAUUUGAAAAAGCAUAUUCGCUCCUCUUCAGUCUAUCGUGCUGCUGCCAUUCUACUCCCGCUAUUGCUUCUAUUUUUGGCGGAUCUUCUUGUUGACGAAUUUUCGAUUGAAUUUUAUGGGAAAUGGAGAUAUUGUGAUUUUUUCCUCUUCUAUUUCAUGAUAUGUGUCACUCUUUCCCUGGAGAUGACGAUUGUCUCUUCACCUGCCUGUGAUACGAUAAAAGGGAAGUUUAUUAUCAUGGAAUAAAAACAUGAUUUUUCAG